AGCGGCGGAAAUAUGACAGUCGUGUGUGUAGAGUUUGCGCUAUGUUGUUGAUAGUGCGGCUCAUUUAAUGGAUGAAUAUUAAUUUUAUUAUAGCUAGACGGUCUACAUCAACAGUUAAUUGAAAUGAGAAAUAAAGGAUCAUCAAAUGACCAUGUACAGAGAGGAAGAGCGUAGGUGAAAAUCCGGAGCUCCGCUCCGGCUUACUUUAGUGACUUGUGCUUGUAAAUGGAGCUGACGUUCAUCAUAGUGCGGCAUCCGGCAAUGUUAUAUUCGAAAAAACUUUCGUUUUGGACCAUUUUGGUCCUGAUGUUUUUUAAAGAUACUUGUAGAACUCAUGAAAUGGAUGACUUCAAUAAAAUCCAGUUUGAAGCUGCCUUUCAAGGAGAGUGCGGACAUGGAAGUCCGUGUGAGCAGCUAUGCUACGAACUCCAUGAUGGCAUGUAUGAAUGCGAUUGUCGACAAGAUUAUAUACUCAGAGAAGAUGGGUACAGCUGUGCUGAAAUCAAUUCGACCUUUGUUUCAUCAACAUCUCCACAAACAAAGUUCAACUAUUCUGAUGUCAUCUAUCAGAAGGAUGCCGUCCUUGACAUAUCCGAAGUAAACGAAAACAACACAUAUAGUAACGAUAUACCCAAUUUACAAAUAUCAGAAAUCACUAGCCAAGGGCCUAGUUUAGAACAAAAACUCACCGAAGUGUCUUCAGUAGAUGAAAAAAGAACUACAGCUUCCAUUUCAACGACUGGGCCGUGCAUAUUGAAUUGUGGAAUUGGCGGAAUAUGUGUGAGGAAUGCACAAGGGAGACAAUCGUGUUUGUGUCCUCUGGGAAAAGUAGGAACCAACUGCCAUAAAGACUUGGAUGUCCGAUCUCCACGUUUCCAGGGUUCAAGCUGGUUGGCAUUUCCAGCUCUUAGCGGCGCUUAUAAGCACGUACAAUUGGUAGUUGAAUUGCGGCCUGAAUCCUAUGAUGGCAUAAUUCUUUUGACUGGUGAAAGAGAUGAUAUGGUUGGAGACUUUAUGGCUUUAUUAUUAUAUCAAGGACGUGUUCAAUUCAGGUUUGAUUGUGGCUCUGGAAUGGGAAUUGUACAAUCGGAAGAGACGGUACUAUUGAAUCAAUGGAAUCAUAUAACACUAUUCAGACAUAGAUGGGAUGCUUGGCUGCAACUCAAUGGUAAACAUCAUGCUCAGGGUCGAUCAAAAGGACUUUUUUCAAGAAUCACCUUUAGAGAACCAGUAUUCAUUGGUGGGCCAGGAAAUACAACAAAUUUGGCAGACAAAUUACCGGUUGAAAGUGGUUUCAAGGGUUGUAUUCGUCACUUGGAAAUAAACGAUCAUGUUUAUAAUUUUGGACUCGAGCCAAAAGGAGAAGCAAUUAAGGGUUCAGGAAUAGAGGAAUGUAGAGCUGAUCGAUGUAGCCGAGUACCUUGCCAACAUGGAGGCAAAUGCUUAACUGGAACGGAUUCCGCUGUUUGUCUUUGCCCCUUAGGAUUUUCCGGUGAUUUAUGCGAAAUUCGUGUUGAUUUACAAGUUCCUGCAUUCAAUGGAUCUAGUCAUUUACGAUACAAGGGACUGGGCGAAGAAGCUCUUACAUGGCUUGAUUUCGAAAUAACAUUCAAACCUAAUUCCCCUGAUGGACUUUUACUUUACAAUGGACACAGAUCUGAUGGAUAUGGUGACUUCAUGGUCCUCUACCUCAUUGAGGGAUAUGUUGAAUUUGCAUUCGAUUUAGGAACAGGUUCUUCUGUCGUCACAAGCAAAUAUCGCAUAACUUUAGGAGAAUGGCACAAGGUGAGGAUAUCCCGUACUGGGCGUCUUGCAAUUCUUUUCGUUGACAACCAACCUACAAUGGAAACCACAUCUCCAGGGGCCUUCACCCAACUCUCCCUCCCCCAAAAUUUGUUUUUAGGGGGAGUAGUUAACUUUGGAACAGUAUCGCCACAUGUCAAAAUAAGAAGCUCUUUUGUCGGUUGCGUUCAGUCUCUUAGAAUAGGGGGACGUCAGAUUCCAAUUCUAGCCGAGGCACUUGGUGGAGCUAAUGUGAACAACUGUCCUCAUCCCUGCGUCGCAAAACCUUGUGGCGAGGAUGGAGUAUGUAUACCUGAGAUGGACUAUUUCACCUGCAGAUGCAAACCAGGAUAUCGUGAUCAGGCAUGUUCGAAAGGACCCCCUUCUUUUAGUGGCAUAGACAGUUUUCUUUACUUCAACGAUGCCCACACAUUAGAUUCACUUAUGGCAGAUCCUAUCACCCUCAACAUACGUUUCAAAUCGACUUCUACAGAUGGUCUAUUGCUAUGGCUUAAUAAUGGGCUUGGUGGUGGAUUCAUCUCAGUAGGUUUAGAAAAAGGCGACUUGGUUCUUCGAUUCUCGAAUCGAAAUGAGGAAGUUGUUGUAGUGCACAACAAUACCUACGUCCACGAUAAUCUUUGGCAUAGAGUAAAAGCGAUUAGGGACGGAGGCACAGGUCUCCUCAUCGUAGAUAACGGACCUGCAGUAACUCAUCAAGCUGUUGCAGUUUGGAGAAGACCUCGACCGCCUUCACCAGAUGAAGAAGGACUUUUUGUUGGAGGGAUGCCUCAUGCUAUUCUACUUCGCACCAUCUACAGAACUGGAAUCAAGGGAUGUGUAGCGGAUAUAGUCAUUAACACCGACUAUCAUUUACGGCUAGUCGGGGAUAGGGAUAAUAAUGUUCGAGAGUGUGAUUCCUAAAGUCAAUCAAUAUUUUAUACACUAGUCAAUAUGUUGAAGAGUAUAAAGCUAUUCUGAUAUAUACUCAGACGUCGAGCAGCACUUGACCUUCAUAAUUUUUUUGAUACGAGCUACUGCCUAUUUUUCGUUCCAUCGAAGAGAUUUUUAUAAAAUUCACAACAACGUAGAGAUUGAAGGAAUAGAUAUGGGAAAAAUUGAGCAAUA